AUGAAGUUACCUACUGUCCGCGUUGGAACAGCUCUUCUCCUCACGACCCAUCUCGCGAAUGCGGCCUACUACAAACUAGACUCGGAUGAUGCCAUAAGGGAAUCAGCCAGAACCCUCGCCUUCGAUCUCAUGUCCUAUUACCGCGGUAAUGAGACGGGGCAGACUCCCGGCAUCCUGCCCGGCCCGCCACCCGCAGGGGACUACUACUGGUGGGAGGCCGGUGCCAUGUGGGGUGCAAUGAUUGAUUACUGGCAGUUCACGGGGGACGACACCUACAACGACGUGGUCAUGGAGGCGAUGCAGUUCCAGGUUGGCGAGGGGAGGGAUUACAUGCCCAGUAACGUGACCCUGUCCCUCGGCAAUGAUGACCAGGGCUUCUGGGGCAUGUCAGCCAUGCUAGCGGCCGAGGCGAACUUCCCCAACCCUCCCGAAGACAGGCCGCAAUGGUUGGCCCUCGCCCAAGCCGUCUUUACCACCCAGGCGGCCCCGUCCCGGCACGACGAGACGUGCAAUGGCGGGUUGCGGUGGCAGAUUCCCUUCGCCAACAAGGGGUUCAAUUACAAGAAUAGUAUCUCUCAGGGCUGCUUUUUUAAUCUGGGGGCCAGGUUGGCCCGGUAUACCGGCAAUAAGACGUACGCCGACUGGGCGGAUCGGACGUGGGACUGGAUGGUGGGCGUCAACUUCAUCGACGACAAGUACAAUAUCUUCGACGGCGCCCACGUGGAGCACAACUGCACCGACAUCAACAGGGCCCAAUUCUCGUACAACAACGCCGUCUUCCUGCUUGGCGCUGCCUAUAUGUAUAAUUAUACCGACGGCGACGAGACGUGGAAAUCCCGUGUCGAGGGUCUGUUGCAAAACACCAUCGACGUCUUCUUCCCGGACGACAUCGCCUACGAGGUGGCAUGCGAGCCGAGGAUGACGUGCACAACGGACAUGCUCUCGUUCAAGGGGUACGUGGCGCGGUGGCUGUCGACCAUGACGCAGGUCGCGCCCUUCACGGCCGAGACGAUCCUCCCCGUGCUGCGCAAGUCGGCCGAGGCGGCCGUCGCGCAGUGCACAGGCGGCGAGUCGGGGAGGGAGUGUGGGUUCCAGUGGUGGUCGGGGACGUUCGACGGCUCGGUGGGGGCUGGCCAGACGAUGAACGUGCUGAGCGCCGUGUCGUCUCUGCUGAUCGGGGGGGCUAAGGCUCCCGUGACCAACGCAACUGGCGGGACGUCCCAGGGGGAUUACACCGCCGGGACCGCUCCACAGGAUCCGCUUACGAUGAAGCCCUUGACGACGGGGGAUAAAGCCGGGGCGGGUAUCAUCACGUUCCUCUUGCUGGCUUUGUCUGUCAGUAUGUUUGCGUGGAUGAGUCUUGGGGAUGCGUGA